CACAUGGAAGGAGCUGUGGCGAAAGCGAAAGUCGAUGUUUGAGACAAAGUGGCGGGUGCCAACACGGUGAAAGUCUCGCCUGGAAUAAUUGGAUUUCUUAGUCUGAUUGUGGUAAAUGACGCGACGCUCGGCUUACUUGCUGACAGUUUAAUAUGCCUGGGAAUUCCCUGAUCUAUUCCUCCUCUGCCAUGUUAGCCGACGUUGGUGUUGGUGUGUACUAUAUGCCAGGACUUGUUGGUGUUGUCUGUCGCGCUGUCAGCACCAUGGCCGAAUCAUACGUCGCCGGAUCUGCCUCUAUGGCAUUUGUGACGGUACCUGAUAUGGAUGUCGCCAAGAAGCUGGCCCAUGGCAUCGUGAAGCAGCGGCUAGCGGCCUGUGUCAACAUCCUGCCUGGGAUCACCUCCGUAUAUGAAUGGGAGGACAAAGUCAAUGAAGACCCGGAACUCCUGUUGAUGAUCAAGACUCAGACAUCUAAGAUUGAUGAACUCUCUUCAUAUGUCAGGUCUAACCACCCGUAUGAUUGUGCUGAGGUGAUAUCUUCCAAGAUAGACAAUGGCAACCCGCCGUAUCUCAAGUGGAUCGCCGAGACGGUUCUCCAGACUCCUGUUGAGGGAAAGAAAGACAGCUGAUAGAAUUUCGGACCAAUAUCCGACCAAGAGUCAGGAGAGUCGUGUCGGAUGGACUUUUUUUAAUCAGCCAUAAACUCACUUUCUUAUUUUCUGUAGUACCCAAAUCCAUUUGUUGGCAGCUAUUUUCCUGGAAAGUUCUGUCACGUCCAUUCCAUGUGCUUUGUAAAUGAUCCAUAUCAGCAAUACCGCACCACAUGAGUCUUUCCAGUCUGUGCAGCUUGCUGUAGGGUGGUGUUAGGACACAUUAAAUAUUAAUGGUUGUUUGGAAUGUCAUGUGGUUCAUGAUCAUGUUAUGUAGGACACCACGCUUUGCAAGGACUGGCAAAAGGAAUUAGUUCUUGAGCUGCUUUUAACAAUAUUCCAGCUACUUCAUUGUUAGGGGGAGCACCAGAAAUGGACGUCACACUUUGUGGGGAAUCCAACCCAGGACUGUGGUUGGACAAAGACGCAAGUAUUGUUAAUCAUUCUCUUGUUUUGAACUUAAGGCAGUUGUGCACUGGGUUUAGUUUGUUCUCAGAAAGAGUCUAUGUCAGUAUUGUGAAGUGAAGUGGGAAGAUGUGGGUUCUUGUAAUUGUACCUCCUUUUCUUGACCAACAUCAUGUUAUGUCACAAUUCCAGAUGCCGACGAAGCAGACCAUCGGUUUGUAGAAUCAAAGUUUGAGUUGGGUUUGCUAUGUUUGAUAAUAACAUGUAUCAUGGUGAAGGUGAGGCUCUGAACCUCGAGGACUGGUGGUGUUCUCAUGUAAAUGUGUCAGUUUGUCCACGUGACAGGGACGGGAGAGGGGAGCCGCACUAAUUGGGGUCAAUCUUGGUUGUGCUGGGGUCAUAUACAUUUCCUAACUGACUGCUUAGUGUAAUUUUUUUUACUUGUUGAUGCUCAACAACACAGUGACGAAGGAACUGAAUCCUAUUGGUCAAUUCCAGUUGAUAAAAAUCAUUAUUCUGAUGAAA